AUGAGCGACGCAGCGAACCUGGAGCGGCUGAGCGAGGCGCAGAAGCUGAUCGCCAAAUGGUGUCAGCCCGGCGCGCUCGCGCUGCCGGAUAUCAAGGCGCGGCUACCGCCGCGCGAUGCGCCGUACGAAGAGCAUACCCAGGCCGACGACCCCUGGGCGUCGUUUAGCGUGCUGCGGCGCCUGCCGAUUCCCAGCAGCGUCUUUGAGACGAUCACGAGCCGCGCGCCUGUGGCAACACUUGCGCUCUUUCCUGCGAUCGGCCGCGCGUGCAUCACGGUGGAGAACAGGGUGUACUUGUGGGACUAUGCCAACGGCCAAACCGCGUUCGAGUACCACCAGCUGCCCGAGGACGAGGUCGUGCUGUCUGUCGGCCUGAUUUCCGCAAAGCCCAACGUGUUUAUUCCCGAGAUUAAGCACGUCCUGGUGCUCUCUACCGGCCCGAAUGCCCUCGAAGGCAAGCGCGUGUCGCUCCUCGGCGUCGAGCUGACCUCCCGGCCGGGCAGCAGCAGCGGCGUGAAGUUGUACGAGACGGCGAUGAGCGCGAAUACGAAUGGCGUCGCGAUGCGCGAUAUCCAAGGUACUGACGGCGGCCGCGUGUUUUGCGUCGGCAGCGACCACUGCGUCUACGAGCUGGUGUACCAGGCGAACGAGGGGUGGUUUAGCUCGCGGUGCUACCUGUACAAUGUGACGCUGCCGCGCCUCUCGAAUCUCGUCCCGUCCUUCUUCAAGUCGGAGAAGAAGCUCAACUUUUUGACGAUCGACUCGCAGCGGAAUCUGCUCUACGUCCUGCGCCAGGGCGACCAGAUCGACGUCUACUCGCUGCCCUCGAAAGACUCGUCGCGCGCGCCGGUGCACACCGGCAGCAUGUACGGCGUCACGCACCAGGCCGGCCUCUUGCACUCCCAGCAAGAAGUCGGCCAGAUUGUGUGGCUCGGCGCGACGGAGGCGGAUGCGCGGACGAACGUAUGCCUCGUCGCCGUCACCGAAAAAGGCUAUCGUAUCUACUUUGACGAUUUCCAGCGCCGCAGCUGGGCACAGCUCGCGGUGCGCAUCCCCCCGGGCGCGCCGCGGCCGCCGUCCACGAUGCCGCUCCUCGGCGGACUCAGGCUGAACGCGCCGCCGCAGACGUCGACGUUGCGCAAGGCGACGAGCGCGCUGUACUCCAACGGCCUCUUCCUCGAGGCGUUUACCUCGCCGGACGCCGGCUCGCAGCUCUACGGCAUCUCCACCGGAACGACCGCCGCGGCGUACGCCGCGAGCGGCGUCGCUGGAAGUGCGUGGCAGGAGAGCGCGACGCUCAUCAGCCUCGGCCAAGGUGCCUCGGCGCCGGUCCUGGCCGAGGUCGACGCGGCGGCCGCGCGGCGCCGCGUCAGCGAGGCGAACGGCGCGACGACGCGCCCGUGCGCCGCGGAAAACCUCGGCGCGCCCCGCGUCUUUCUCGUGCUCGACUCAAACGGCCUCACCGAGGUCGUGGAGCGGCGCCCGGCCGACAUCCUUGCGAGUCUGCUGAGCGGCAGCGUCGGCGGCGGCAAUGCCGCGUCGACCGCGCCGCCGAUCCUCGACUUCUUCAACCGGUACGGCUCGAUCGAGGCGUCGAUGACGGCGCUGGCGAUUGCCGCGGGCAACACCAACCUCGUGACGCUGCCCGGCCACCUCGGCGCGCUCGACCUGCGCAGUCUCUCGGACCAGGUGCAGGCGCAGGCGAUCCGCGUCUUUUUCGGCCCGCUUGGCUCGUGGCCGGCCGACUCGCGCAUGCCCACGACGCUUGUCUCGUCCAAGUCGUCGCGCUACGAGGCGCUGGCAUACUACCUCGCGUGCCUCGUGCGUGCGAUCUGGGCGCAAAAGCUCGUGCCGGAUGGCUGGCUCGAGACGAAGCCCAAGACGGUGCCGAACCCCCUCGUGAGCCAGGGGCUGCUGACGGCCGCGCUGCGCGAGCUCGGGCCGCUCGUGGCCUUUAUGCAGCGGCACUCGCAGCUCUUUGAGCUCGGCCCGACGAACGACGCGCCGCUCGUGCCGAACGCCGCGUCGCAGCAGUCCGAGCGUCAGGACUUUGAGCGCCUGCGUGCGCUGGCCGAGCGCGCGAGCGAGGCGUGCCAGUUUGUGCUCUUCCUCGCCGACCACAACCUCGCGACGAUCGUGCAGAGCGUCUCGAGCGAGGUACGCGCCAAGCUGCAAGGCCUGCGCUUUGGCGACCUUGUGUCGACCGUCGAAGGGCGCAACGUCGCCAACGAGCUCGUCAACGCGCUCAUCGAGUCGCAGAGCGGCGCGCGUGCGAGUGUCGACGCGAUCGCCGACGCGCUCCAGGUGCGUUGCGCGAGCUUCUGCAGUGCAGACGACGUGCGCCGGUACAAGGCGUCCGAAUGCCUGCGCAACGCGGUCGAGACCGACCUGCUUCUGCGCCAGGAGCACACGGCUGCGUCGGCGCCGGACGACGACCGCCGCCGUGCCAUCGACGAGGACCUGCAGCUGAGUCUGCGCCUGCUGCUGGCCAGCGCCGCACAGCUUCCGCUCGAGAAGCUGACGCAGGUGUGCACCACCUAUGCGCAGCUCAAGUUUACGCGCGGCGUCAUUACGCUUGCACUUGCCUGCGCGCGGGCCUCGGACGUGGCCGGCGCAGCGGUUGCCUACCGCGCGGACGGCUGCCCUGAGGAGACGUCGAGCCGCCGCACGGUCUACGAGCAGCGCCGUGCGAUGUACGAGCGCGUCCUGGAUGCGCUCCAGGCACUGGAUACCGAGCUGGACGCCGCGAGCAACACCUUGGCAGGUUCCAAGGACGCCGCCAUGCGCGCGCGCCUCGAGCAGGUCGAAGGCCAGCGCGCCGAGGCCUAUGCGCUCGCGACGCAGUCCGACGACCCCCUCUUCCACGAGGAGCUGUAUACGUGGCUGAUUGAGCGCGGUCUCACGAGCCAGCUGCUCGAGCUGCGCACGCCGUUCCUCGAGGAGUUCUUGCAGGGCACGCCUGUCCUGCUCGGCGGCGCGCCGUACGAGGUGUACGUGCGCCGCCUGCGCGACCUGCUGUGGCAGCUGCACGUGCGCAACGGCGCCUUCUUUGCCGCGGCACAGACCCUGGACGAGCUGGCGCACGCAGAUGUGUUUGCGCUGCGCCUGCACGAGCGCAUCGAGUACCUCGCGCUCGCCGUCGGCAACGCCAAGUCGGUGCGCCCGACGGCGCACGAGGCGCAAGAGGUGAUUGCGUUUGCGACCCAGGUCGAGGAGGACCUCGAGGUCGCACAGGUGCAGGCCAAGAUCCUCGGCGCGCUCCUGCCUAUGGACACGCUCGACCUGGACGAGGAGGAGCGUGCGCGCCGCUCGGCCGUCCUCGCGGCGCUCGACAGCGAGCUCCUCGACAUCACGGCGCUGUACAAAGAGGCCGCGCAGCCGUUUGCACUGCUCGAGCAGCAGCUGCUCAUCCUGCACACCGCGCAGUACCAGGACGCGAACCUCGUCGCGGAUAUCUGGGAGGCGCUCUUUGCGCGCGAGCACAAUGCGAGCGACGCAGAGCAUGCGCACCAGGCGAUCGCCGCGCUCGUCACGGACAUGUACGCGCGCCUCGGCGCGUCAGAAAUCGCGUGCCCGGUCGACUUGCUUCUUGCGCGCCUCGAGCAGUACGCAUACGACACGUCGAUGGCCAUUGCCGGAAGCGCUACGCCGUCGGUGCUCAACUGGGGCUCGUUUGCGACGCUGAACGCGUCGCCGAUCGCCAUCGGCUGGGCGCCGCUCGUGCUCCUGCAGGCGGGCGCCCCACCGGAGGCCAUCUUUGACGUGCUCCAGGCGCUCAUCGCCACCGCGCCGCCGCCGUGGAACACGACCGCCGGGCUUGGCUUCCUCCUGCCGGACGCCGUGGCGUACCUCGCGCAGUGGCUCAGCGAGGCGCUCGCCGCGCCGGACUCGCGCGCGAUCUACUUCCCGGCACACCGCGUGGACGAGGCCGCGAACGACUACGUGCUCAAACUCAACACGCGCAAAUUCCAGCGCCCAGACGACGACCUCGACCGCCGCGUCGAGCAGCUCCACACGGUCCUGCAGCGCAUCCAGCGCGCGUUUUAG